CGCCCGGAAAUCUCCUCUCUCCUUCGUCGCAUCAGCCCAUACCAUAGCUCUCAUAAAAUGGGAAGCUACACGUUUCGAUGGCCUUACAAUGCCAAUGAGGUCUUCGUCACAGGGACGUUUGAUGACUGGGGCAAGACAAUCAGGUUGGAACGGAAAGGCGAUAUUUUCGAGAAGGAAGUCCACCUCCCGGUGACCGGCGACAAAGUGCACUUCAAGUUUGUCGUCGACGGCAACUGGACUACCGAUAACCGAUUACCUCAAGAGGACGACGGCAGCAGUAACAUCAACAACAUCCUCUAUCCGGAUCAGAUCCAAGCGGAUUCAGUCGCGGCACUACAGAACGGUGCGCAAGACAUGGCUACUGUCUCUGGUGUAACACCUAACGCGACAACCGCCGGAUUAGCUGGUGGUGUCUCCAAGGAGAGCAACUUGGCCCCCGGAUCGACAACGGCGGGGCUGGACAAGGACGUCCCUCUUGAGCAGAGGGCUAAUGUCCCUGGAGAGUUCCCUGCAGACACGCCCUUGUCUGAGUACUCGGUAAACCCUAUCCCAGCCUCUAGCGGCAUUGGCAAUCCCAUCCAUCUAAAGCCGGGAGAGAAAGUCCCAGAUCCUAGCACAUUCAAUCCAAACACUGUGCAGUCAACUGUUCGCACGAACGACACGAACGAGUCACGCCCUCAAGACAGCUCAGGACUGAAAAGCUCGUUCUCUGUUCCUCCUGCUUCAAAUACCAUGAUACCCGAGUCCAGCCUGCCAAUGGGGAGCGGAACAAACCCGGCACCCGCAGACCCCGGAGUCACCGUGCAAUCCGCUGCGCCUACGUCCACAACCGCUGCGCUCGCUGCCAAUGUUCCGUUUGAGAAUAAGAAACAACCCGACAAAACAGGCCCCGUGGAAGAUGUCCCUGCCAUUGUCAGAGAAUCAAUCUCUAAAGCACACAGGGACCCAGAAGCAGCUGCACAGCAGGAAGUUGUUGAUGAAAAGAAGGAGCUGGAGCAUGAGCUUCAACAAAAGGUUCAGGUCGCAAACUCGGUCGGUGAACCGGCGCCCACCACCACCGCAGCCACUACAGAAACUGCACCCAGAGCUAGCGUUGCGGAACCCAGCUCAGCAGAGAUGUCACCGCGGACAGGAACCCCGUCGGGUGCUAAAGCCUCCACCACUGGAGCGCAACAGCCCGGGGAGUCGACCACAGGAGCGCCUGUUACAGGAGCAUCAACCACUGGAGGGGAGACUAAGAAGAGUACAACUCCUGCCAACGACUCGAAAAUCUCGGAAGUGCCCUCUUCCGGUUCACCCGGGAAGGAAGAUAAGAAGAAGAAGCGCUCCAGUAUUUUUGCCAAGCUGAAGGAGAAGUUCAAAUGAAUGGGUAACCUUAGCCCCCGCUCUAGGAUGACUUGUCGGGCCGUGAUGUUAUUGAUGAUUUAUCUGGAUACCUUUUACGCAUAUUAUACGUGAUUACCCCGCAUGUUUUGUCUCGAACAUUGAAUAGUGAACAGCCGAGUUAAGUGUAUAAUUGAGUAAUAACCUUUGUGAAUUGCACAACCUUCUAUA